GUCCGCGCAGGCGCAACACCGCACCGCCGCGUAGCUGCGAUCAGGCUGCAAACACUGGGCGAGAGAGAGAGAGGUUGAGAAUCUGAGCUGCUUUGCUUUGCACAAUGUCGGAGAUGAACGUGCUGUGCGAGCUCUACGAAGAAUGCAAUGACCUGCAGAUGGAUGUGAUGCCGGGGGACAGCGACCUGCCGCAGAUGGAGGUAGGCGGCGGCGGGAGUCGGGAGCCAUCCCUGAACCGCUCUCGCCACGGGGCCCUGCUGCUGCUGGAGGAGGAAGGCCCGAUGGAGGAGGAGGCGGCGGCGGCGGCGGCGGCGGCCCAGCCCAUGGCGGAGCCCCGAGGGGGACGAGCCCGGCCCUGCCCUGCGGAGCAUCUCGGCCUGCUCGCCAGCGCUGAAUUCGACAGCGAGGACGACGGCGAGGAAUUUGAUGACUGGGAGGACGACUACGAUUAUCCCGAAGAGGAGCCGCUGAGCGGUGCGGGCUACAGAGUAUCUGCCGCCCUGGAAGAAGCCAACAAGAUGUUUCUGAGAACAUCCAGAGCCCGAGAAGCGGCUCUGGAUGGCGGCUUCCAAAUGCAUUAUGAGAAAACCCCCUUCGAUCAGUUAGCUUUCAUCGAAGAGCUUUUUUCACUGAUGGUUGUCAAUCGCCUGACCGAAGAACUCGGCUGUGAUGAGAUCAUUGACAGAGAGUAAUUAAAUGCUGCUAAAAAAAAAAAAAAAAAAAUAGAGGAGGAAACUACUGGAGAGACCUAACAUUCCACUGUCUCUUUGGGUUCAUGCCAAACAGUUUCGUGCCAAUGAAAAACUUAACCUCAAAAAAAAUUUUUUUCCCCUUUGUAUUGCAGAUUGGAAUAGGGCAGUGACUGCUCAGUUGUGAAAAAAAGGAAAAGAAUCAUUCAAAGAAAAGGACUCUUAGGACUUUUCAAGAACAUCCUGAACCGCCUAUGGCUUUGACUUUGUUAUUGGUGAGAUUAUUAUUUCCCUUUCAUUGGAGAAAAAGGUCCUUCUUAUUUCACUGUUAAGGAAUGGUAUUUACAACGCUUCGUGAUCAAGAAAAGCUGCCAGUACAAGCGCCCACUGACUAACUGCAGGACAAGAAGUAAUAUUUCCAAUUUAGGACAUGAGAUGUCUGAGUUAUUUGGACUGAAAGUCUAUUAAGAAGACUUUGAAGAUUCCACUUGGUGAUCUAUUCAAACGAUAGUUACUGGAGGUUAAAAUUUUACUGUAAGAUAAAUUGAGAAUUCCUUAGUAUCCCAAAAGAAUAAGCAAUCCCCCCCAAAAUAUGUAUCAUAUGUGCUUGUAUCUGAAAAAUGUGUUUCUAAGAGCAUCUGAAACUUUGUAUAUGCAUCUUGAUCAUUUAUAAACUAGUGUGAUCUGUGAUUCAACAAUAUUCAUUGCCUUGACCAUUUUUAAAAGUCAGAAUUAUGAUGCCCUUAAUAAAGUUUUAGAUUUAGACACUAAAAUGUAUGCCAAAGUACUAAGAAAAUGAUUUCUCACAUCCUUAUGUACUAGAGAAAUUUUCUGUUUUAUUUGCUGUCUGUUUUUCAUUUACCUUCACAGGCAAGAGACUUUGGCUGAGCUUCAUAUCCUAAGAACUGUUAUGUGAAAAAUUGCCAAUUAAAAGGAAAGCCCUAUAUCUGAAAAAGAUUUUAUGAACAACAUGCUGUCAAUCUUCAAAGGUUUUCAAAUCUGCCCAGAAGUCCACCUCAGUGUCUGGUUUCCCCUCUGUCUCCUCCUCUAAUUCAGCUUGUUAUUGGCUCUGCACCAGCAUUCAAGAUAAUAAAGUUUCUUGUUCUGUGUA